UAGUACUUUUUCCUCUCUCCUUAAUACUGGAUUUCUGUCUAACACAGAGGCCUGUUUCAUGGAAGCUGAAGAUGCCUGUGCCUUGUCUGUAGAGCUUGGGCACAGGAUGAGUGAGGAAGCUGGAUUUGGUGUCCGUGGCUGAGAUGAAGCUAUGGUCCAACUGCCUGACCAUUUCAGGGCUGCCCAGAUGUUAAAGCAUUUUGUUAAGGGCAUUGUCCAAAUGUCCCUUAAACAGUGUCAGUCAUAGGGCAUCAACCACCUCUCUAGGAAGCCUGUGCCAUUGUUUGACCACCCUCUCAGUAAAGAAAUGCUUCCUAAUUUCAGGUCUUAACGUCCCCUGGCACAGCUUUGAACCAUUCCCAUGCUUUCUAUCACUGGAUAACUGGGAGAUCAGCACCUCCACCUCCACUUCCCGUCCCCAGGAAGAUGCAGUGAGCAAUGAGGCCCCAAAACAGAUGGGACCAAUCCCACUUUAUGAAUCCCCAUUGGCCAUUAGAAGUUACCUACUGAGGGGAAGAGCAUGUUUCUGAGCUGCACAAAACCCACAUUCCUCAGGACUCAACACGCCAGCUCAGUUCGGCUUUAGAAGAGCUACAGGCACAUAACAGAGCCCCAAAGAGCGGCAGGGUCGUGUUUCAGCAGCAUUCCGUACCUUUCUCUAUGGAUCGGGGCAAACGUGUCCUGCUUUCAGAUGUCUGCUUUUGAGAGCGCUGCCUCUGGACUCCGCAGGGCUCUUCCCACGAUGUGCCAUGGGUCCACCCUGAGAGCUUCACUCUGCUUCCUGGUGCUGACUUCUGAAGCUCUCUAUGUUUCUUUCCAUUUCAUGUAACAAAACUAGUCCUUUCCAAAUACAAAGGGAGGAAGGGCGGGGCUAGGUGUCAUGAUUUGAAACUCAAAAUACUACUAAUGCCAGAACCACUUCCCGACGAAGGCAACCACAUCAAGGUCACCACCUUACAUUUAACAUGCUACUAUCAAAAGAUCAAUGAGAAGUAGGUUCCCCUUCUCAUACAGGAUUUUCUGUAUGAAAGAAAGAGCAAAGAACUUCCUCCUGAAGGUUAGAGAGGGGCGGGAGCUAUGAGUUGUUAUCAGUCCGGAGUACCAUUUUAAAAACAGCAGCGAGAGGAAACACGAAGGGGGAGCAAGAAUGUCAGAAAAUCGCAUUUACGCUGACUUGAACAUGACCGAACCAACCAGGCCCAGGCUGCAGAAGGUCACUGAUGUCCAAGGUAAAAGCUGUUCCUCCAGAACACGUGUCGCUGUAUUUGUUGCUGUGAUAAUUCUCCUACUCGUCUUGGCAGUGUGUCUGAUACUCAUGUACCGUCCAACGGCAAGCAGCCCAGCUGACUCAAAAGCGUUCUCCAACAACUCUGAAGAUGCACGAGAGACUGGCACGCAUCCCCAGUGGUCGGGUGAAAAUGACAAGCAGAAACGCACACGCUGCCCCCGAAACUGGGAAAAACAUGGGGAAAAAUGCUACUUCUUCUUUCAAACGCAGGAAAUCAAAGACUGGAAUGCCUCCCGUAAAAAAUGUACUGACAUGAAUUCAGACCUGGUGGUCAUUGACACCAAGGAUGAACUGGAUUACCUUAUGUUACGAUCAGAAAGCCAUUACUACUUUCUUGGUCUCACAUACUCUGAGAGUGAGAAGAAGUGGAAGUGGAUUAACAACAUGGAACAUAGCACAGACAUGUUUAAUAUAGAAGGAGACUUUACUGACUAUUUCUGUACUGUCAUUGGACAUGAAAAAGUAGAAACUGCACCUUGUGGUGGAUCCUCAACAACACAAAAUAUGUGUGAGAAAGCUGCAAAUCUUUUAGAAGAGCAGAAGGAGAACUGAACCCAAUAGUUCCAGGCAGGCAGGUCAUCCCCAGCUUCCUGCAGGAACUGCAGAUGGGAUUUCUCUCCUUUAUCUUUAGCCGUCUAAAAAUCUAGUCAAAGGGUCUCACAGGCUCCCUCUAGACACCUUGCCAAGCUUAGCAUGUUCUUUCCCCAGGUGGGUGUCGGAGACUGCAUGAAUCCCCCUCUAGAGGAGCCUGCAUUUCCACACAUUAGGAGUCUGCGUGACUUGCUCAUCCUACUGAAAAUGGCAUCAUUCAUGGCUCUGUUCUUCCUCUGCUGGAUGGAGAAAGCUCUGUGAACUCCUUGAUGAAGUGACAGAGGUGUCAUGCUUUCUCUUUGGGGAAAAAAAAAAGUUUUGCUUAAUCAUAGAAUUUCUCUCAGAAUGUUGUGGCUAUGGGUAGUGAUA